GAAACCUUCUUGAAAGGUUCUUGCAAGGUUCCACCUCACAUAGCUCAGCCUUUAAGUAUACAGUGUGUGAAGAUGAGGUGUGGCAUGUGACUCAGAAGUUCAUGGCUUGGUUACUUUUCACCAGCUUUUUUUUUUUUUGGAAUGUUGUUAAUGCCAAACAGUGUGAAUGGAACUCUACAGUCUUGUCUGGACAGAAUAAAAUGGAAGAAAUAGGAGAUAUAUGUCUAAUAGAAAGAGAAUAAGUGAGCUUUAAAUUUGGACACAUCAGCCAUGGGUGACAAUUCUACGCAAACCCAGAAAAACAGCAAUAAUUCAACUGCAUUUACUGUUGCUCCAUCAUCAGCCAAUAUAAACUCAACUUCAAUCACCGCAAAUUCCUCUUCGAUUAACUCAACUUCAAAACCAAUUUCAGUAACUUCGAUGUCAAUCACUUCAGUCACAGUACUUUCAUCAUCAGUCACUUCAGUCACUGUCAAUGGCACUACACUGAUUACCAACUCCACCACUGCCCACCCCGGGCUGCCCUCUCUGUUGGACAAGAUCCCAUUGCCAAAAUGGGCCAUCUAUGCCAUAAUUGCCCUGAUCCUCCUGGUCUUUUUAAUUUGUGUGCUGUGCUGCUGCAUAAAGUGCUGCUGCAAAGGGAAGAAAAAGAAAAAGAAACAGAAUCAGAAGUUCAGCCUGAAAGGACUCAAUGGUAACAGUACAACAGCUUUGGUGCCGCCUGAAACGGGGGACGCAGAGUAUGGAUCACUUAACCAGCCUAGAGGGAAGUUGCUGUACUCCCUGGAGUACAAUGCAGCACGCUCAGAGAUGGCUGUUGGAGUGAAAGAAGCUGCAGAAUUAAUGGCUAUGGAUUCAGGAACACCUGACCCUUAUGUAAAAGUUUACAUCCGGCCAAAAUCCAAGACGUUUGAGACUAAAGUGUUCAGAAAAACUCAGAACCCAGUGUUCAACGAGCAAUUUAAGUAUCAGAUUCCUCAGAAGGAUCUCAGCGAGUCUACUCUUGUGGUUCAAGUGUAUGACUUCAACAGAUUCUCCAAACAUGAUGUGAUAGGUGAGCUGAGACUGGAACUCUCCACAGUAGACUGGAAUCAUGUUAUUGAGGAAUGGAGAAAUCUGAGUGCACCGUCAAAACAUGAGCAAGAACAUCUGGGUGAGAUUUGUUUUUCCCUACGCUAUGUCCCCACUGCAAGUAAGCUCACCGUGGUGAUUCUGGAGGCCAAGAACUUAAAGGAAAUGGACUUUGGAGGUUCUUCAGAUCCAUAUGUUAAAAUCCAGUUGAUUCUGGACAAGAAGAAGUGGAAGAGAAAGAAAACUUCAGUGAAGAAACAAACACUGAACCCUUACUUCAAUGAAUCCUUUACAUUUGAUGUGUCAUUCGAUCAGAUUCAGAGAGUCCAGCUGGUGAUCUCUGUGUGGGAUCAUGAUAAAGUGAGCAGGAACGAUGCCAUUGGAAAAAUCUUCCUGGGAUGUGAUGCUACAGGAAACCAGCUGCGGCACUGGGCAGACAUGCUGUCAAACCCACGCAGGCCAGUGGCACAGUGGCAUACACUUCUCUCAGCCGAACAGGUGGACACAACGCUGGCCCUCAAACACACGCUGAGGAUCCCAUUCAUCAAUAAGACUUUCUGAAAAUGUCAUCACUAUGUUUUGCUCUUUUUCAAAUUGACAUUUGUUUUUAUCAAUUGAUUUUUUCUUCUUGAUUAGAAAUUUCAAAGUUUUGAGGUUAUAAACUUAUGUUGCUUUUCUUUAAAGAGUGUACAUACAAGUGGUAAAAAAAUGUAAAAGGGAAACAAAUGACUUUAUUUUAAGCUUUAUCUGUAGAUUAUGGCCUAAAAAUAUAUUGCUUUUAUGAAUUCUAUCCAUAGAAUGAUUGCACAGGUGGUGUGACAUAUGUUGAAGAUAUCUGUGUAAUCCAGUACAGUUUUCAUGCAAUUAUUUCUGGAAAAUACUAAAGAGAGAGCGAGAGAGAUGAUUGUCCUUUAUGUAAUAAAUCAG